UGGCGUUUAGCGCUCAAGGCCUCGCCGCUCGCUUUCGCAGACUGACGGGGAUGCUGCGGAGAGGCCCGGAGCGGAGCCAUGGACCUGGACGAGGCGUUUGGGUUGGUGGGGGAGUUCGGCCCCAGGCAAAAGAAGCUCACCGCGUUCCUGGUGCUGCUGCAGGUGUUUGUGGCCUUUCAAUCUAUGCUUAUUGUGCUAGUGGGAGCAGUGCCAGAAUAUCUUCUUGACCAAGAAUGGAUGCCAUCUAGUACAGAAGUUCUUGCAAAGCAUGUCAGGUUUGUCAGUAACUUCACAUCCAUAGCAACAGAGUGGUAUUUAAUCAAACAUGAAGCAUAUAAGGUGAGCCUGGCAUCAUCCCUGUAUUUCGCUGGCUUACUCAUUGGAAAUAUAAUGUUUGGUCCAUUGUCAGAUAAACUGGGCAGAAAGCCUGUGUAUCUAACAGGUCUUUGCUUUGAUGUGAUUUUUGGGUAUGUUUCAGCAUUUGCUCCAAACUAUGAAGUUUUUGCAGUGUCGCGCUUUUUUGUUGGAGUCACAAAUGGUGGAAUGUCUUUAGUGGCUUUUGUUUUGACACAAGAAUAUGUAGGAAAAUCCUUCUGGGCACUUACAGGCUCAUUGACAAAUUUGACAUUUGCAGUUGGCAUAGCAAUUUAUGCCUUACUGGGUUAUUACAUAAGGGAGUGGCGUUUCCUUGCCUUUGUAUCAAAUUCUCCGGGACUUUUCUUUUUUCUUCUCUCUUUUAUGCUUCCAGAAUCACCAAGGUGGUUAUACUCCCAAGGCAGAACUGCAGAAGCAGAGAGUGUACUACAAUAUAUAGCCCUUGGAAAUGGAAAAGAAAGGGUGACUGUGAAACUGAAGCAGUGCAAAGGAACAGUAAAAAAGGAUAAUUCAGCACCCGGUGUCCUAAACCUCGUUAGUCACCCAAUCCUUCGGUGGCGCACUGUCCUCUUGAUGUAUAUCUGGUCAGGAAGAUGCAAAAGUACAACUGCUUUUUUGAUAUUUGCAGGCCUUGCCUGUAUAUUUACCAUGUGCUUACCAGAAAACACUGGGGGAUUUUUCUUCAGUCCCCGCAUCUUAGCUUUAUAUGGGAAAUUGACUGUAAGUGCUGCCUUCAACAUCAUAUAUAUUUACACUUCAGAACUCUACCCGACAGUAGUGAGAAAUGCUGGCUUAGGUGUAUGUUCAAUGACAUGUAGAUUUGGUGGCAUUUUGGCUCCAUUUGUUCCUUCUCUGAAAUCUCUUGGCCCGUCUGUACCAUUUGUAGUUUUUGGCAUCAGUGGAUUAUCAGCUGGUUUCCUGACUCUUCUACUUCCAGAAACCCUAAACAAACCUAUUGCAGAGACUAUUGAAGAUUUGCAGAUGCCUACCUAUCAGAUGCUUAAAAACAAAAAGGCAGAGUAAAAAUGAUUUUUUAAAAUUUUUAGAAGCAGUUUCUAUACCUACUGGAACAUAAGAAAAUUUCUCAUUUGUUUGAACUUCAUUUUUCUUUCUCCUUCUCAGUUGCACAUACUUAAUAUUUUUCUCCAUUCCAAAAAAAAAGAAUACUCAAAAUAUUGAAAGCUAUCUGUUUUUUAUCAGUAUAUAGGAAAUGAUGUGCCUGGCAGAGUUCCUGUCUCGUCUCAUUCACUCUCCACCUUGCUUGUUUUUACUUAGUCAUGCCUUUACCGACAGACUAUUUAAUAUGUGAUACCAGGAAGAGCUCUUGGUUUCAUAUUUCUCAUCCAUCUUCUUAGAAGCCAUCUGGAAGAUUUUCCUAUCGCAGAUAUAUGGCAAAUAAAACCUUCUUGAAUUUA